ACUGACACAGGCAAGUACAUUUCUUACUAUAAUUGGCUAACACAAUAUUCUUGUUCAUUCAAGUGUAAAUUAGUGCCAGAUAUAUUUUCAGCCCAUUUUACAAACUACUUUAUAAGUUAUAGGAACAGAAACAUGAAAUUUACUGAAAAAACUGCUGUUACUCACCUAUACUUGCAAAAAUUUUACAGCUGCACUAUACCAACUUUAUGACAGUGUAUGCCACGUGGGUGAACACAUUUUACCACUGUAAACGUCACUGAUGAGACUUCCUAGCUUUGGUUAAACGAUUUUUCACAUAGCACAAAGCUAUUUCGAGGGCGAAACGCGGUUGUUAUUUGGGGGUGUUACGUCACAUAAGCAAAUUGUGUAGCAUCACGUGAUCCGUUUCCAAUCCCUCUCUCUCUUUUAUCUAUGGUGGCUCGACAUGCUAUCUAUUGAGAAUGUAAACCUGUUGGACUACUCAGAUUUCAAAGACAAGUUUGGCUCGGUCAUAGAGCACUGUCCAUUUGUUGCAGCUGGUGUCUGGAGUUCUCAUCCAUUUCUAAACAGAGAAUCACUUCACUCUGCCUUUGGGACCUUCCUAGGAGCUCUCAACAAAACCACAAAGCUAGGAGUAGUAAGAUGCUAUCCUGAUCUCGCUGGGAAGUUAGCUGCAGAAAAACUACUGUCGGAUGAAUCGGCGAGAGAGCAAAAAAGUGCUGGAUUAUUGAGCCUCAGUGUGGACGAAAAGAGGUCCCUAACAGAGUUAAACCAGACGUACAAGGAGAAAUUUCAGUUUCCAUUCAUUUUGUGUGCACGAGAGAAUAAGAAAGAGUCGAUUUUCCGAGAGAUCAGAAAGAGAGUAAAUAACGAUGUUGAGAGUGAGCUUGAGAAUGCACUGGCUGAGGUGUGCAAGAUUGCCUGGUACAGAAUAGCUGAUCUGGUGAAGGACACGAGUAACCUUUGAGAACACUAUGUAUUUUAUACUUUUAUUGAGUUGCCAAGCUAAGUGUCUGAAAUUAAUUUUUACCCACCCACA